AUGGAGCAAGAGCAGCGCCUCUUGAAGAAGAAAGACAAUCCAGCUGCCGCCACGGUUGCGACCAAAAGCGCUGAAACCGCCGAAACCUCGAUCGCCAUGCCCGAGUUCUCGACGACUGAAGCACUUACGACUAGGAACACGGACGAAGGGUGUUUAGGCUCAACCGACAGCGACAGCGACAGCAACAGCGACGGCGACGAUGACGACGAUUUCGCCGACGACCCGGAAGCCGUCGUCUACGAGCACCACUCUGCCACGGGCGCCGAGCUGCUCGCCCGCAUCCGCACCGCCCUUGCCAUGCACCCCACGACGCCCUUUGCCGAGGUACGUCGCUUCCUCGAGCACAACGGCAGCGUGAUCCGGCAUCUAGUCACCAUGACAGUGCCGCACCCAGACCAGUACGUGAUGGAGCCCACGACUGGCGCGCUGCACGAGCCCGCGGUCCGUGGCGCCAAGAAGGCCACGGCCAGCGGCGGCGGCUGCGAGACCCCCGUCGCCGUCGCCAUGCUCGACUGGCACUCGCCGCUCAUUGACAGGCAUCUUGCCAACAUGGUCUUUUACGAGCGUGAGCGCAAGACACUUCGCUUCCGGGAAGUGAUGCGCAAGUACCGCCGCGGCACGCACUCGCGCGGGGCGUACCGCUGGCUGCGCGCCCACAGCGCCACGUCUUGCAUCUGGGACGACGAGCAGAGGCGGGCGCGCGAGAGGCGGCGGCGGCGGCGGCGGUUGAGGGUGCAGCACCGCGGGAGUUGGUUGGUAAAUGAGGUGCGUGCGGACGGAGACGAGGUGAUGGAGGAGUGA